AUGGUCGGGGCUCCAACGGUGAAACGGUGGUCCGAAGGUGCUAGGUUACUUGUGAUGAGGUCAAGGUUGCUGCUAAGGGAGGCGCUUUGGCCGACACGGUCAGACUCAGACCCGUGGACCGGCCCUAAGCAGGCUACCAAUUACCAGUUACGUGACACGUUUAUUUGCGCCCCUCAGAGUCCGGAGCAUGGCGAGCGCCCGAUUGUCCGAUCCUGUGAUUGCCUUGACCGCCACGGAAAUGAUCGGCCAGGAUCAAGAACCUCGCUCUCUCACGGGAGGCAGUGGAUGUAA